GAGGAUUAAAUGAGAGCAGUCCCAGCAGCACGAUGACAGCAUCCAGUGUGAGGCCAAACCCCCCACCAUUCGGGACGACGUAGGUUCUCCCGAAUAAAUUAUUAACCUUAAACCUUAGAUAUCAGUGAUUUACUGCGAGAUCUACCCGAGACACCUAUUAUCCUCCCGUGGCUUCUAACAACACGAGGUGGCCCACCGGACCGCCAGUGAUCUCCAUGGUCACGAGGUCCCGCCCUCCACCUGUUUUCAGCCAAUCCUGGAGGGCCACUCCCCCACCCCGAGCUGAUGUCUCAGCGGGCCGGACGGAUUUUGUUUUCUGGGCUCUGGAAGAGACAAGCGAAGCCUGAACCUCGAUAAAUGGAGGAGAGCGAGAGGUGUAGGAGCAGGUCUCCCGCCAGGAGGGCCAGCCGGGUGCAGCAGGUGGUGGGGACCAUUAUCCGACGCACCCGCGAGUCACUGAGCAGGGAACGGUUGCUGGGCGAUGGGAGGUCGCAGCGCUCCAACAGCCUGUCCAAUCAGAACUUCCAGGCGCGCCUGACGCUGCAGCUGGUCCGGGACCCGGUGCUGGACCUCCACUGCGGCCAUGGCUUCACCCUCACUGACAACACCCCCCUGCUGGUCAGGGACGUCACCGCAGGGACCCCUGCAGAUGGGAUUCUUUUCCCGGGGGACCAGGUGCUGCAGAUUAACGACACGGUGCUGGAAGAGCUGAGUGGGGAGCAGGUGGAGAACAUCCUAAGGAACCUGGAGGAUUCUGUUACCAUGACAAUUUUGCGGCACAUGACAAAUCCAAAGUCAUCCAUCAUGUCGGCGGAGAAGAGGGCGCGCCUGAGGAACAAUCCUGUCAAAGUUCGCUUCGCCGAGGAGGUCGUGGUGAACGGACUCACUCAGGGAAACUCCCUCCUCUUCCUGCCCAACGUGCUGAAGGUCUACCUGGAGAACGGACAGACCAAGGCCUUCAAGUUUGACAACACCACCACCGUCAAGGACAUUGUCCUGACCCUGAAGGAUAAGCUGUCCCUGCGAGCCAUCGAGUACUUCGCCCUGGUGCUGGAGCAACAGUACAGCAUCACCAAGCUGCUGCUACUGCAGGAGGACGAGCUCAUACAGAAGGUGGUACAGAAGAAGGACUCCCACGACUACCGCUGUCUGUUCCGGGUGUCCUUCAUCCCCAGGGACCCGUCGGACCUGCUGCAGGACGACCCGUCCGCCUUCGAGUACCUCUUCCAUCAGAGUGUCGGGGACGUGCUGCAGGAGCGCUUCGCAGUGGAGAUGAAGUGCAACACUGCACUGCGCCUGGCCGCCCUGCACAUGCACGAGAGGCUGGCCAGCUGCGGGCAGACACGCACCUCCAUCAAGAGCAUCACGAAGGAGUUUGGGCUGGACAGCUUCAUCUCCCCCACGCUGCUCAGCAACAUGAGGGAGAAGGACCUGAGGAAGGCCAUCGGCUACCACAUGAAGAAGAUCCAGGCGCUGCUGGAGCCCCGGCAGAAGGUGAUACCGUCCCCACAGGCCCGGCUGGCCUACCUCACCCAGCUGGGAGAGCUCAUUUCCUACGGAGGGCGGUCUUACACGGCGACCAUGAUGCUCCAAGACAGGGAGGCGCUGGUCAGUCUACUGGUGGGGGCCAAGUACGGCAUGAGCCAGGUCAUCAACCACAAGCUGCACAUGAUCUCCACGCUGGUGGAGUUCAGCAGCAUCAGCCGGGUGGAGCUGCUGUCCGAGUCGGACAAAGUCAGCCUGCUGCGCAUCUCCCUGCACGACAUGAAGCCAUUUGCCUUACUCAUGGACUCUUUGGCCGCAAAAGACCUAGCAUGUCUGCUGGGAGGCUACUGCAGGCUCCUGGUGGAACCCACUGUCAAUGUCUUCCGUCCGGGGCGCCCCAAAGUGCGGGUGCACCGGAUCCCUGCAGAGGAAGGUGUGUGUGGGAGGUUCGCCGUUAUAGAGGGCGUGUGCUAUGAGUCCCUAUCAAGUUACGUGUCCCGCUGCUGCAGCGACUCGGACGACUCUUCGGACGAGGACUACCCGAUGGAGGGGCAGGGCGGCCAGCCGCGGGACCCGGCGAGCCAGGACUGGGAGGAGAGGAGGAGGGCGGAGGAGCAGAAGAGGAGAGAGGAGGAGAGGAAGGAGCGGGAGGCCAACGACGGCAAACAGGAAGUGAGGAUCAUAGUGACGUCGGAGAGUAGGCAGGAAGGAGAGCAGGAGGAAGGCGCCACGGGCAGCGGCGCCGGCCUCCCCGGCGACCCGGACGAGGAGACGGGCCGGGAGUCGCCGUGGUACCACACCGACCCCCGGGUCACCAGCAGCUUCUCCAGCCUGUCCAGCGGCUCCAUCAGCACCGCCCUGGAGGAGAGCGGCUCCGGAGCCAGACCCCCGUCCCGCCUGGAGGCCCUCCGCAGCCAGCGGGCCGGCGAGGGGCUGGCCACCCUGGACGUCCACCACCCCUACAUCCUGGACCCCCAGCGGCCCCCAGCGGAGGGUCAGGACCCCGCCCGGGCCCUGAGACCCACCAACCUCAAUUACCGCGGCAACGACAACGCCUGCCUGUGCUUCGCCGACCUCUCCAAGGGGGACUUCCUGUCCAGUCCGUCGGGUGCCACCACCGACGACGACGACGAUGAGGACGACGAGGACGAGGACGACGAAGACGAGGCAGCGGGGCAGCUCAGGCGUAUCUCGAGGAUCCCCAGCUGUAAGGAUCUCCGGAUGAUCGACAACAUCCCGUUCGAGAAGUCGCUGAGUAGCAAAACGAAAAAGAAAAUGCCGCCCAGAGUCCCAGUGAGGACCAGUUCAAUCCCGGGCAAUAAACCAGACCUCAAGCCAGCGGAGCAUCGUCUGUCUGCGACCGAGGAGGGACUCUUCCUCACUCCGUCACCCAAUCCUAAACCAGCACUGGGGGGCAAAGAGGUCUCAGAGUCUGAGGAUGAGUUCUUCGAUGCACAAGAGAGAAUUACCCCCCCAGUUCCAGACCUUUCAGAAUCAGAAAUGGCUGACAGGAAGAAUGCGAAUCGGCUGAGUGGGACCUGGAACGGCUCUGUGCCGCUGAAAGAACCUUCUUCAUCAAACGGCAAGAGGCCUGCAUCCUCUAAGAGCAAAUCAGGAGGAAUGAUCCAUAAAACCCCACCAGAAACACUUCCCAAACAGCCGGCUUCACAGAGGUCAUCGCAGAAAGCCGAAGCCAAGGUCAAACCCCCGCUGGCACCCAAGCCCCAGCUUCUGCCCAAACCCCAAAACGUCCCCCCCAGGUCUCCUCAACAUGGCCGCUCUUACGCCCAAUGCAACGGGGAGGCCUCUGGCCGUCACUCCUCAGAGCUCCUUGAGAUGGAGCCGGAAACAAUGGAGUUUAAGUCGGUCACCUCUGGAGGCCUGCCCCUCUCCUCGCCGCUGGUUACUGCAGUGCGGCGCAGCCAGCAGACGCAUCCGAUCCCCUCUAAUCCAACACAACCGAGAGGCAAAACGCAAGAGAACGGCGUCAAACUAGACAACCGGCCAACACUGGAUAACCAGCAGAUACAGGGGAAUAAAUCGAGUGUCGUUUUCAAUGACAACAUUAAUGUAGCUGAUGUGAAUGGAACAUCUAAAGUCGAAGGGAAGAGCAAUGGGCAUGGGCCGUCCAGGGAUACGCAGGCACUUGUGAAAGGUGGCGAUCAUCCGGCCAAGAAGAGGCAACCCCCCUUGCCGCCAAUAUUGUUCUCUAACUUUAAGCAGCCUCCUCCAGUGUCCCCUAAACCCAUGUCCCCCAUUGAUCGCGACCGGUGCCCUCUCUCCCUCCCAGCCAGCACUCCUGUCUCCCCAAGUGAUCCGAUGAAAGUCUUCAAGGAUGGCCUCACCCCUCCCAACGGCAUCCACCCUUGGAGUAGCCGCAACGGCAGCGUCCAGUCAGGACCCAGGAGGGUCUCCCUGAGCCAUGAGAGCCUGUCGCCCAAGAACGCAGACGCCCCUCUGAGCCUCACCACCUCCCUCACCUCGUCCUCCUCCAAGGGGAUGGGGGUGAUGGAAGGCAGGGAACCAGGGAGGUCCGGGUCUGGGUCCGACCUGAGGACCAGCUCCUCCAGCCUGGGAGGCCGGCUGCCCGCGUCCGCCCUGAGGGGCAGGAUCCAAGCCCUGCCCUGGUACAUGACCCGUUCCCAGGAGAUCCUGGGCACUCUGGACUAUCCCUCCACCACCUCCAUCAACGGGGACACGUCGGGCUUCGGCUCCGGGCUGUCGGUGGCCAGCGGGGCGUCGGACCUGAACAAGACCCCCGUCAAGGACAAGGACGCCGCGGCUCCGAAGACCACCGGGAAGGGGAAGGACCUGGAGGAAGGGGCGGAGGUUGUCAUAGCAACCAUCAAAGAGGCCCAACAGGUGACCUCGCUCAUGAGGAGGGCCAGCGAGACCAACGGGUCGCACUCAAACCUGAGCCUCAAGGACAACGGUUCCCACGGUGACGGCGUUUCCUCAGAGCAGCCCCAGUCGCGGCCCCACUCGGGGGUAGGGUUAGGGGGCGUGCCCAGUAUCCCCAUCGGGGGGGACUCUCCGUCCUCGUCAGUGGCCGAGGGAACCCCCCCGCAGCCGUCCAAAGAGGCCUGCGGCUGCCGCACCGUCUACGCCAACUGCUUCAGCGGCGACGCCGAGGAGGGCGUGGGCUUCGACGAGGAACUCACUAUUUACGAGUUCUCCCGUCGAACGCGGCCCAAGCCGCCGCGACCGCCCGUGGUCCCGUCGCCGACCUCCACCUCUCCCUCGCCCAACCCGACCAUUUUGUCCCUGCUCAAGGACAACCCGCGGCCGCUCUCCACCUUCUCCACCGCCUCCGCUGAGCUCAGCCCCCUGGUCUCACACCCGGCCUCCCCCACGCACGGAUUCAGCGGUCCCCUUCGCUCCCUGUCCAACAAGCGCUACGGUGGACUGAAGGGCGGGUUCGCCUCGCUGCGUCAAGAUAUCGACCAACUUCUACUGGUGUUGGAGAGGGGGACGGUGGACUGGGCACAGCAGGUACCAAGCACGGAUCCAACCCAGGACAAGACAGCCAGGCAAGCCGGCUCUGAGGGCGACGACAUCCCAUCACUGCUCCCGAAAUGUCCUGGACAGGGCACCGCUUUCAUGAGCGAGGCGGAACGAAGUCUCCUCCAGGCCGAGGCGCGGAGGUUAGCGACCGGCUGCCAGCGAGCCACGCGGGUGGGCUGGGCGCCUGAUGAGGCGCUGCGGUCCUUAUCCAACAGCUUCAGCGCGCUGGUCCAGCUGUCUGCGGCCUGCCUGCGGGCCCACCCCUGCCCGGGCUGCGAGGUCUGCCACAACGGGGGCUUUUCCGAAGACAUGGAGGACGAAGGCGAGGAGACCUUGGACAAGCUGAAGGAGAUAGUGGGUCUCUACCGGGAGUUUGUCGGCGAUGUGGAGACCGCCGGGACCAGCGUUGGGGUGGGAGCACGGAGCGGUCUCACCGGGACCGGUCUGGGACAGGGGGACGGCGAGGGGGUGAGGCUGCUGGCUAAACGUUGCACGGUUCUCAUCUCGUCUGUUUUCGCCCUCACACAACUCUUCCGCACACGCUCACCAGACACCUCAGAGGCUCCUAGCCAUGCACCUCUGAACUUCUGACCUCCGAACUUUGAACUCUUCCCUGUGGACUGUAAAGGCCGGAAUAAACAGAAAGUGACAAGAAGAAAGGGCUGAAUGAAUCGACUGCUAUUUAGCACAGAGAUCUGGUUUGGGAUUUCCAUGUUAUUGUACAGUAAGUGCCAUGCACAUAGAAAUCUCACACACAUAAACACACGCACACACAAACACACUUACACCAUCUCUAAAACACACAAA